CGUUCCUGGUCUCGCUAUGUGCGGAAUUUUCGGCUACAUCAACUACCUGGUGGAGAAGGACAGGAAGUACAUUCUGAACACGCUCAUCAAUGGCCUUUCGCGUCUAGAGUACCGUGGCUACGACUCGGCCGGCCUGGCCAUCGACGGAGACAAGAAGAAUGAGGUGUUCGCGGUCAAGGAGGUCGGCAAGGUCGCCGCGCUGAAGAAGCUCGUCGAGGAGGCCAGCUUCGACGAGACCAAGGUGUUCGACUCGCACGCCGGCAUUGCUCACACUCGAUGGGCCACCCACGGCCCGCCGUCGCGCGUAAACUGCCACCCGCACAGGUCCGACCCCAACUGGGAGUUCGCCGUCGUCCACAAUGGCAUCAUCACGAACUACAAGGAGCUGAAGAUGCUGCUCGAGGGCAAGGGCUUCAGGUUCGAAACUGAGACCGACACCGAGGCCAUUGCGAAGCUCUGCAAGUACAUCUACGAUGAGCACCCGGACCUCAGCUUUGUGGCCCUUGCGAAGACGGUCAUCAAGGAGCUCCAGGGCGCCUUCGGUCUCCUCCUGAAGUCUGUCCACUACCCCCACGAGGUCGUUGCGGCCCGCAAGGGUUCGCCGCUCGUCAUUGGCGUGCGAACGCAGAAGAAGAUGAAGGUUGACUUUGUCGACGUUGAGUACACUGACGAGACCACUGCCCUUCCUGCCGAGAGGGCGUCGCAGAACGUUGCCCUGAAGAAGACAAACAACCUCCUCGCUCCUCCCGACAAGUCGCUCCUCCACCGUUCGCAGUCCCGCGCUUUCCUCUCCGACGAUGGCGUCCCGAUGCCAACCGAGUUCUUCCUCUCCUCCGAUCCUUCCUCCAUUGUCGAGCACACCAAGAAGGUUUUGUACUUGGAGGAUGACGAUAUUGCCCACAUCCACGAGGGUUCGCUGAACAUCCACCGCCUGCAGAAGGACGACGGCGCGUCCAACGUCCGUGCCAUUCAAACUCUGGAGAUCGAGCUCCAGGAGAUCAUGAAGGGCCAGUUCGACCACUUUAUGCAGAAGGAAAUCUUCGAGCAGCCCGAGUCCGUCGUCAACGCCAUGCGUGGACGUCUCGACCCGGUCAACAAGUCUGUCACCCUGGGAGGUCUCCGCCAGUACAUCACCACCAUUAGGCGAUGCCGAAGGAUCAUCUUCAUCGCCUGCGGUACCUCGUUCCACUCCUGCAUGGCGGUCCGUGGUAUCUUUGAGGAGCUGACUGAGAUCCCCAUUGCGGUUGAGCUGGCCUCUGACUUCUUGGAUCGCCAAGCGCCUGUCUUCCGUGACGACACCUGUGUCUUCGUCUCUCAGUCCGGCGAGACUGCAGAUUCGCUCAUGGCUCUGCGCUACUGCUUGGAGCGCGGUGCCCUUACCGUUGGUAUCGUCAACGUUGUCGGCUCCUCCAUCUCGCUGCUCACCCACUGCGGUGUCCACAUCAACGCUGGUCCCGAGAUCGGUGUCGCCUCCACUAAGGCCUACACCUCGCAGUUUGUCUGCAUGGUCAUGUUUGCCCUUUCGCUCAGUGAGGACCGCGCGUCCAAGCAGAAGAGGCGAGAGGAGAUCAUCGAAGGCCUCACCAAGGUCUCGGAUCAGUUCCGGGAGGUGCUUAAGCUCGACCAGCCUAUUAAGAAGCUCUGCGAGAGGUUCAAGGACCAGAAGAGCUUGCUGCUCCUCGGACGUGGCUCGCAGCACGCCACUGCCCUUGAGGGCGCCCUGAAGAUUAAGGAAAUUUCCUAUCUCCACUGCGAGGCCGUCAUGUCUGGAGAGCUCAAGCACGGCGUGCUCGCCUUGGUCGACGAGAACCUUCCUAUCGUUAUGAUCCUUACCCGGGAUGACAUCUUCAAGAAGUCGUUGAACGCCUACCAGCAGGUUAUUGCCCGUAGCGGACGACCCAUCAUCAUCUGCAACAAGGAUGACCCCGAGUUCCCGCCGGAGAAGACCGACAGGAUUGAGGUGCCCUCGAACGUCGACUGCCUGCAGGGUCUGGUUAACGUCAUCCCUCUGCAGCUCAUGGCCUACUGGAUGGCCGUUGCUGAGGGUUUGAACGUCGACAUGCCUCGCAACCUUGCCAAGUCGGUCACUGUGGAGUAGAGGAAACGUUUGGCUCUUUGGAUCGGCGUCUUUAGAGGUUGCACACUGGGCCGGCUAUGUAUGGAUUGGAUCGGUGUUUAGAAGCUUUGAAUUGGGACCAAAAGGUACUGCAAAUGUCUUUGAUUUGACAGAUGAUGGAAUGCGAAAUAAAGGAAGGGCCUAUGUGGCAGGGUUGCUCAGGUCUAAU